UUACACUUGUCUUCUUCGGUUCUUCUUUUGAUCUCCGACAUAAACACAAAACAUAAACAUAUUAAUUUCUCUUCCCCGCCGCUGCAUGUGCUCUGCCUUUCCGCCGCCCGCUGCUGACCCUGUAUUUUUUUACCUCCGCCGAAUCUUUUAGUUUGGACGGUGCUGUAUGCAGUUGCCUCUAUUUCUCAAAGCUACCAAGAAGCACAAACACUUGGCUGUAUCAUUGCAAUCCUCUCUUUUUAUCAUGGCUUCCUCCACUGUUAUCCCUCAUUCUUCAUCAUUUAUCUCUAGAAAGAAGGAUCCGGCUCUCUCCGCUUUUUCUUCAUCCUCAUUGCCAUUUUCUUCUAUUCCCAAAUGCAAAAAAUCAAUUUCCAAGAAAGUUGUAUCAGUUAUGGCUCCUCAGCAAUCAGAACGCAUGCCCGCCACUACUGGUUCUGUGAAAACUGCAAUGACAAUGACUGAGAAAAUAUUUGCUAGGGCCUCCGAGAAACCUCAGUUGAGCCCCGGUGAGAAUGUUUGGGUCAAUGUUGAUAUAUUGAUGACUCAUGAUGUUUGUGGCCCUGGUUCCUUUGGAAUCUUUAAGAGAGAGUUUGGGCAAAAUGCUAAGGUUUGGGACCGUGAAAAAAUUGUUAUUAUACCAGAGCAUUAUAUAUUCACUGCCGAUGAACGUGCAAAUCGUAAUGUGGAUAUAUUGAGGGAUUUCUGCCAGGAGCAAAAUAUAAAGUACUUCUAUGAUAUUAAGGAUCGUAGUAAUUUUAAGGUUAACCCUGAUUAUAAAGGUGUAUGCCACGUUGCGCUAGCUCAAGAAGGUCACUGUAGACCAGGAGAGGUCCUUUUAGGUACAGACUCUCACACUUGCACUGCUGGAGCAUUUGGCCAAUUUGCUACUGGAAUUGGCAACACAGAUGCAGGUUUUGUAUUAGGCGCUGGGAAGCUCCUGCUCAAGGUGCCCCCAACUCUGAGAUUUGUAAUGGAUGGUGAAAUGCCUGAUUAUUUACUCGCAAAGGAUUUGAUUUUGCAGAUUAUUGGUGAAAUAUCCGUCUCUGGUGCAACAUAUAAAUCAAUGGAAUUUGUUGGCUCAACUGUAGAGAGUUUAAGUAUGGAAGAAAGGAUGACACUAUGUAAUAUGGUUAUUGAAGCUGGGGGGAAGAAUGGGGUCAUCCCUGCUGAUAGCACUACAUUUAAGUACCUUGAGGAUAAGACUUCUGUUCCCUUUGAACCCGUAUAUAGUGAUGAGAAAGCAAGAUUUCUGUCGGAGUACAGAUUUGAUGUCUCAAAACUGGAACCACUGGUGGCAAAGCCUCAAUCUCCUGAUAAUCGUGCUUUAGCAAGAGAAUGCAAAGAUGUCAAAAUUGACAGAGUAUAUAUUGGAUCUUGUACUGGCGGGAAAACCGAGGAUUUUAUGGCUGCAGCUAAAGUUUUUCUAGCUUCAGGUAAGAAGGUCAAGGUUCCCACAUUUCUUGUGCCUGCCACUCAGAAGGUUUGGAUGGAUGUGUAUAGUCUCCCAGUACCAGGAUCUGGCGGAAAAACUUGCUCUCAAAUUUUUGAAGAGGCUGGUUGUGACACGCCUGCAAGUCCUAGUUGCGGUGCUUGUUUGGGAGGACCUAAAGACACGUAUGCACGUAUGAACGAACCAAUGGUUUGUGUCUCGACGACAAACAGAAACUUCCCUGGUCGAAUGGGACAUAAAGAAGGGCAGAUCUAUCUUGCUUCGCCCUAUACAGCCGCAGCAUCUGCCUUGACCGGUUAUGUUACCGAUCCUAGAGAAUUCUUGCAUUAAAACGCACGACAUAGUUGUAACAACUUAAAUGGUGGCUCAAAAGUAGAUAUCGAUGUAAUUCGCCGAGUCUCAACAGCUUUGAUGUCAAGCAGAAAGUGGAUAUCAAAGACUUGCAUUGCUUUUGAGCAGAGUCUUGUGGAGUUAGCAGUGUUUUCAUUCCGGAGCAUAUGAUAUUUGCAAUAACAGUGCUUCUAUGUAUGGAAUUGCACUUCAUAACACAUUUUCUAGGCAUUUGUAAUAUGUAUAAUUUCAAAAAUAUUUGAUAAUGAAUAGGAUAGUGGAUAUGAGAUAGAAUAAAAGAUACUCCGUAUGGUUUACUCUAGUUUGAUUUGAUCUAUUUCGAUAAACUUCGGAUAUUUAAUUUUAUAUUAAGUUUGGUCCGAUUAUGACGUA